AAAAUAGACAUCUGUCAAAAUACUAAACGUCAAAAUAAAACUGUAAAAAAUUUUUAAUUUUCACAACUUUGCAAAAAUAUAUAUUUUUCUUUGUCCUAAAUUAAUAAAUAAAUUAGAAAAAAAAAAAACAUUCCAUAAUGAUUGAAUCCCCAAUUGUAUUAAUUGCAUCCGAAGGAAAGGUUAGCCCUUUAGAAAUAAUAAACAAAAUUCGUAAAAUUGAUGAAAAAGAAGAUCAUGUUUCGAUUGAUGUUGGAACACCACUCAAUUACAAAGCUUACAAAUAUCAUUUGACGACAAAGUACUACAAAACAAAUCUUUUACUUCUGCCACUGGAAACUGAACUUGACCUAAUGCCUGCGGAAAUCAUCGAAAGUGUUGAAGCUUUUCUCAUUUAUUUCGAUUCAGGAAAUCGAGGAUUCUCAAAGAGAAUCGGUUACUAUGCUGACUUUGUCAAAACCCACCAAAUCGAAUUGGGAAUUCUGCUAUGUGAUCGACUUUAUGAUGAUUCCAAUGAAGGUAUAACCUACAAAGAAGCCAAACAGGGCUCCAAUUUGCUAUUCGAUGUGAUAGAACUUGAGAGAUCGAGAGAAGAAGACGAGGAAGAUGACCCAAACGAUCCAUUGGGUUAUGAUGAAGUACAACAGGCUUUGAGGAGUUUUGUUUGGUCUAAUAUCGAUGUUAGUUCUGGUGCAAAUAAAAACUUUUUAAAAACAAUUGGCCUGGCUUCACCAACUAACAACCAAGAAACAAGUUCCGAUGAGAAUUCAGUUGAAGCUCAACUUGAAAUAUUUGAGAAUCUCCUGUCACAAGUGCAAUCAUUUCGUUCGGAGACUGCAACAUGGUCGCGGGAUCAAGUGCUAGAUCAUGCGGAGAAACUUGCAGAGGAAUUUGUGCGAAUGAUGAAUGAAGAAGGAGUCGGUGAUGACGAUGGUGAGGGUAAUGACGAUGCCAAACAUAUUGACGUUAAUGGGAGCAUAAAAUAAUUUCAGACUAUGACUCAUUGUUAAAAUGUUAGAAUAAAAAUUAUAAAAUCUAUUAUAUUUGUUUAGGGAAUUUAAAAUGAACUGUACAAUAUUCCAAUUAUAUAUAUAAAAUCAGUUGCAUCAAAGUA